UCUUCCUAGCAUUUUUGAGCAAUUUUGCUCACAUCAUAAUCUGUAACCAUGAAGUGGUUAACAUUAAUUUCAUUUAUUUUUCUCCUGAGUUGUGCCAGAUCCAGGAAUCUGCAAAGAACUGCACGAGAUGCAGACCACAAGAGCCCCAUUGCCCACCGCUUCAACGACCUGAAGGAAGAGACAUUCAAGGCAGUUGCCAUGAUCACAUUUGCCCAGUACCUGCAGAGGUGUUCCUAUGAUGGACUGUCUAAGCUGGUGAAGGAUGUUGUUGAUUUGGCACACAAGUGUGUGGCCAACGAGGAUGCUCCUGAGUGCUCAAAAUCACUGCCCUCUGUUUUCCUGGAUGAAAUCUGCCAAGUGGACAAGCUCCGUGACUCCUACGGUGACAUGGCUGACUGCUGUGGCAAAGCUGACCCCGAGAGAAACCAGUGCUUCCUGUCCUACAAAGUUCACCAGCCAGACUUCAUUGCACCAUACGAGAGACCAGCUGCUGAUGUCAUCUGCAACGAGUACAAGGACCACCGAGUGCAGCUCCUGGGAAAUUUCGUCUAUACUGUUGCAAGAAGAAACCCCUUCCUGCAUGCCCCAGCGAUCCUGGGUCUGGCUGCUGAGUAUGAAAAUGCACUUAAAAGCUGUUGUCCAGAGAGUGAUGUUGGUGCUUGCUUGGAUGCAAAGGCAGCUGUCAUCAAGGAGAGAGCCAAGCACAUUGGUGUGAAGCAGAAGCACGAGUGUCGAGUCCUCGAAAAGUAUGGCGAGAGGACUUUCCAAGCAAAUAAACUUGCUCGUAUGAGCCAGAAAUACCCCAAGGCUCCAUUUCCAGAACUUGUUAAGAUGGUCCACGAUGUGAAGGACGUCUACAAAGAGUGCUGUGAAGGGGACAUGGUAGAAUGCGUGGAUGACUGGUCAGAGCUCGUGGCCUCUUUGUGCUCUAAACAAGAUGUUUUCUCAAGUAAAAUCAAGCCCUGCUGUGAGCUGCCAGUUCUGGAACGGACCCGGUGCAUCAUCGAGGCAGAUUUUGAUGACAAGCCUGACAACCUUCCUUCACUGGUUGAAAAAUACAUUCAGGAUAAGGAAGUGUGUAAAAGCUAUGAGCCAAACCAUGACGCAUUCCUGUCAGAGUUUGUUUAUGAAUAUUCACGAAGACACCCCGAGUUCUCCACACAGCUGAUUCUGAGGAUUACCAAGGGAUAUGAAACACUCCUGGAUAAGUGCUGCAAGACAGACAACCCUGCUGAGUGCUACGGAAACGCUCAAGAGGAACUGAACAAGCAUGUCAAGGAAAGUGAGGACGUUGUGAAAACGAACUGCGAGCUGUUCAGCACCCAUGGCGAGGCAGAGUUCCUUAAAGGACUCCUGGUCCGCUACACUAAGAAAAUGCCUCAGGUCUCAACUGACACCUUGCUGGAAAUUGGCAAGAAAAUGACAGCAGUUGGCAACAAGUGCUGCAACCUUCCUGAGCAGAAACGCAUGUCUUGUUCUGAGCACUAUCUGAGCAUUGUCAUUGAAGACAUGUGCAAGAGGCAGGAGAGCACCCCUAUCAACGACCAGGUUUCACAGUGCUGCAAUGAGCUCUACUCCUACAGGAGACCUUGUUUCACUGCCAUGGGCGUAGACACCAAAUAUGUGCCUCCACCCUUUGACCCCAUGAUGUUCAAUUUUGAUGAAAAAGUGUGCACUGCUCCUCCAGCUGAGCGGGAAGCAGGGCAGCUCAAAUUGCUCAUCAACCUCAUCAAGCGCAAGCCCCAGAUGACAGAAGAACAAAUUAAGACAAUUGCUGGGGGUUUCACUGCCAUGUUGGACAAGUGCUGCAAGCAGACAGAGGUUGAGUCAUGCCUUGGAGAAGAGGGUGCUGCCUUAAUAGUCCAGAGCAGAGCCACACUGGGAAUUGGUGUUUAACCCCAGGCAGGUUGCCAGUGGGAAAAACAUGAAGAACAAACUUUCUGAGUAACUUCUCCCACCCCUUACCCUUUUUCUUUUGGUACUGAAUGACUCUUCCGCAUUUUGUCACACUACGUGCUUUUCAAUUCCUUUACUUAAACAGGAGAAAAAUAAAGGCUUUAUAAAAUUGCA